AUGGAGACGGAAUACGUGAUAAAACCAGAAAAGAAAACACCGCAAAUAGAUACAUCAAAGUGGCCUUUACUUUUAAAAAAUUACGAUCAACUAAAUGUCAGAACGGGACAUUAUACACCGAUACCGAUGGGCUGUUCACCUCUUAAGCAUAAUACUUAUCGUUGCUAUGAUUACACUCAUAAUACAAAAAAAAACAGAUAUGGUGUAAUAAACUUGGAUAAGCCUGCAAAUCCAUCGUCACACGAAGUAGUCGCUUGGGUUCGUCGUAUACUUCGAGUAGAAAAAACCGGACAUAGUGGCACACUUGAUCCGAAAGUUACCGGUUGUCUGAUAGUGUGUAUAGAUCGUGCAACGCGUUUAGUAAAGUCACAACAGAGUGCAGGAAAAGAAUACGUCUGCGUAGUACGACUCCACAAAUCCAUCGAAUCCGGGCUAAAACUCGUAAAAGCACUCGAAACACUCACCGGUGCACUAUUUCAACGCCCACCGUUAAUAUCCGCCGUAAAACGGCAGCUGCGCAUUCGUACAAUUCACGAGGCGAAAUUAAUUGAAUAUGACGAGGAUCGUCAUUUGGGUGUGUUCUGGGUUAGUUGUGAGGCUGGCACUUAUAUUCGUACGUUGUGUGUACACCUUGGUCUGUUGCUUGGUGUCGGCGGACACAUGCAGGAAUUGAGACGUGUGCGGUCCGGCGCGAUGUCUGAGAAUGAUAAUAUGGUAACGAUGCAUGAUGUAUUAGAUGCUCAAUGGAUGUAUGAUAAUACCAGAGAUGAUUCCUAUCUUCGCCGAGUUAUCCUCCCCCUAGAAACACUGCUUACCUCAUAUAAGCGACUAGUCGUCAAAGACAGUGCUGUGAACGCGAUUUGUUACGGCGCAAAAUUUAUGAUACCCGGUUUACUUCGUUACGAAUCGAAUAUUGAAGUCAAUGAAGAGGUCGUGUUAAUGACGACUAAGGGUGAAGCUAUUGCGCUUGCUAUCGCUAUGAUGACGACUGCGGUGAUGGCUACUGUUGAUCAUGGUGUUGUUGCUAAAGUCAAGAGAGUUAUUAUGGAACGUGAUACUUAUCCGAAACGAUGGGGACUAGGUCCAAAGGCCAAGCAAAAGAAGAGUUUGGUCAAAUCGGGAAAAUUAGACAAAUAUGGACGCGUAACUGAAGCGACACCCGAAGACUGGAAAAGUUCCUACGUUGAUUACAGUGGGAAUAAUAUUCAGCAACAACCACAAUCACAACAACCACAGGCAACACCAGAGUCAACAUCAACUAUUCUUAUGCAAGAAAUAAAGAACGAGCCAUACAUGAAAAUUGAGCCUCCUCCUGCGACAAGUAGCACUACGCCUAAAAAGAGAAAAACACCACCGGAAUCAACAGAACCACAAGAAGACACAGCCGAAGAGAGCAGCAAAUCUCCUAAAAAGAAAUUGAAAAAACGUGUCAAAAAGGAAGAGGAAGAGAAACAGGACGCGACUUCUAUGAUUGCUGUUACACCGAUAACGACGAAAACAGCAGAUGAAGAAGCAGCCGAGAAGAAGGCUCGAAAGAAGGCCAAAAAGGAAAAGGAAAAAGAGGAGAAAUCUGAGAUCACCCAAGAAAAAAUCUAA